GCCCACACGCAUGAAGCAGGCAAACAUGGCAGCUUCCACCGACAACAUCUUGGAGAUCUCCGCGUCUAUCGCUGGCAUUUUGAAUGAAAAACACAAACCUGAACACUUGCAGGUUUUAAAAACAUUUACAGCUGCCCUGCGGGACGAGGAAUACCGAGAUGCUGUGGAGGAGGAGAUGUUCUCCACUUUUCUGAAGGUCCUGAUGAGACUGUGUGAAGAACUGCAGGCUGCCGGCACGGACGGCGAGGAUCUGCAGUCCUCUACCUUGGAGCUUCAGCUAACCGCCGAGUGCUUCAGAGCCCAGAGGAAUGCCUGUGUCCAGAGUACACGCAACCAAAGUCUGCUCAGGCAACUUGGUUUCAUUGAUGUAUCCCUCAAACUCCUGAGAUUCCUAUCAACUGUAAAUUUGGGGAAUACAGAUGCCAUAUUUGAACCUCUUCGUUGUGGCAUCCAGUUCCUUGGUAACUUAGCAGUUGGUAACCAGUUGUGCAAAGAUGAAAUUUGGAGGAUAAGCUUCCCAGAUCUUUUCCUGCAGCUGCUUAGCACUGAUGAUGAGAAGGUGGUGAACUACACCUCGAUGGUAAUCCACACAUGCCUGGAUGAGGACAAGGUGGAAGAUUUGUCUAAGCCACAGAACAUCCAGCUGGCUCUCAGGGUGAUGGAGCUCUGCAGGACUCAGCCUGAGCUGGACUGGACAGUGCUCAUUGCAACGCAGCAUUUCCUGAGGUCUUUGUCUCUGGUGGAGAACAUGUACUCUGAGAUGUCUCACCAUGAUAGAGUUACUUUAGUAGAGCUACUUUUAGCCCAGCUAAGAGAGGAGGGCUCAGAGGACUGUGGCAUCCCUCCCAGCGUGGCUCGUUUCCUGGCCACUUCCUUCCAGCAAGGUUGCGGAGCUGUGCUCACACUUGCUACAGGUUCUGCUUCCAGUGAUGAGGUCCUGCAGGAGGCACUAGCAGUGAUCAGUCUGCUGGAUGUGCUGUGUGAGAUGACCUCAGACCACAAACAGUUUAUGUUCCUACAGGACCAUCCAGACCUUCUAGCAACUACUGUUGAGCUCCUGGAGCAGGUACAUGCCACAGGGAAGGCCAGUAAGAACAUUUUCAGUGCUGCUCAGAACUUCUCCUCCUUCAGUGGAGAUGGAGACCCUUCCUCCUAUUCUCCUGUCAUCAGCUUUAAGGCACACCUCAUCAGGCUGAUAGGAAACCUUUGCCACAGCAAUACCAACAACCAGAACAAGGUGAGAGAACUUGAAGGCAUCCCUCUCAUCUUGGAUAACUGCAACAUUGACAGCAACAAUCCUUUCAUCAGCCAGUGGGCGAUCUUCACCAUCAGGAACCUCCUGGAGCACAACUCAGACAACCAGACACUGAUUGCCUCUUUGGAACGCUGCGGCACAGCUGACUACUCCGCGCUCAGGGAGUUGGGUUUCCUGGUGGAGGAGCGAGAUGGAACCUUGCUGCUCAAACCUGUCAGGAAAGACUCCUAAAAACAGGCAGUGAGGACAAAGAAGGUUCUCAACCCACAAGCAGGUUUUCAUGUAAAGUCAUUGUCUAGAAGGAAAUACAUGUACAUGUACACAUAUAUACUCUCAUGAGUGAACAUGCAGCUCAUGAAUGUUACAAGUACUUAAGCAGCUUCUUGAGGUUAAAGGCCUGCACAUUGUUAGACAGAUAUUUUGUGUGGCUGUCCAGAAUAACUAACAGCCACACUGCUGCCAAUGCAGUAAUCAGAAAAGUGCUUUUGAAUUAGAUAUUGCGAUCAGAAAAGUAUAUUAUGCUAUAUAACAUACUUUUCUACCUCAGUAAUGCUGGCGCUCAAGCCUAAACUAUUAUGUAUUCGCAAAGGACCAAUGGUAUAGAAGCAGAGGUCAUAAUGUCAGGAGCUCUGGCUUUGUCUCAAUCUGAGACUGGGAAAUGAAGAGUUUGUUAGAGGCGAGCACAUGCUGGUACCUUUUGGCAAGGCUGAUGCUUUGCGGUUUAAUCCAAAGACAAAGAGCACUGCAGUAUCCAGGCUUUUUGCUUUUCACAGACACAGAUGAUACCAGCAGGGGUUUGGGUUUAAUUCCAGGCCCAUAGUGACUUCUGCAGUAACCAUGAAACAGAGAAUGACCAAAACAUGAUGUAAUCUACCCCCUCCCUGCCUUACCUAAUUAAAGGGUGGCAUCUUGGCCAUGAUAUGAAGACCUUAUUCAAAUAUUUCAAAUAUUCCACUUAUCUAAAGUGAUAUGAUAUUAAUAUUACAAGCUGAGGAUAUUUAAGUGUGAAAUGCAGGAAUACAAAUGCAUGUUUUGUUACUUAAAAACAAGGCUCAGUGUUUACUAUGAGUCGCCGUAUCUUUGCUUGCUUUUCCAGUGAGUCUUGUUUUAGGAUUAUAACAGUAUUAGUAAAUACUUAAAACAUAGUCUUGCGAAUUUCAUCCUAAUCUUCUGUUUCUAUCCAGUAAUGUUAAUAAAAAAAGGCAUAAGAGAGCUCAUGGCAUGCAGGAUGAUUUCCAACCAUCCUAGAACAACACCGAUAUACACACUUACUCUGAGCAAUCUAUAAUUUAUUAUAGCAGACUGCAUAGACCUUCCUGGAAUAUUUCAUCAAUAUUGUGCUUCCUAUUUAACUGUAGUCGUGUGUUUGCUCUGCUGACCAGAGAUAGUAAUUGUACAUCAGUAGACGGCGGAUAAGAGCAUACUGAAACUGUGCAUGUGUAAAGCGAGAGAGGGGAUUCAGACCAUAAGCAUUAGUUUGCAGAAUGACAUCCCUCCCUGUUCCUCCUGCUGCUGGAUAAGCUGAAUGGUCCUGACAACUCAACAAAGCAGCGCUUUAUGGCCCUGCCAACACCCUGCUCCACCCUGUUUGCUCUGCCCCUGAUUUUUUAAUGACAAAAUGUGUUGAAACAAUUGGUUGGUCUCUCCUUUCAAUCCACCAACAUAGUGAAGGGAGCUUAUAGGGUUCCGGUCCCCAGGAUUUCAGACAGCUAACAAAACAGCUGUUAGUUGCGCUUGACUGAAUGGCUGCAAUGCUUUUCAGCCCCACAGGAAAGAGGCUGUGCAAGUCAGCCGGGCUGAAUGAGGUGGCAUGGCUGCAGCCAUGUGGUCAUCUCCUAACACAUUAGUACCACAUUGGUCAAGGUCAAAAUUUCUUGUUUCCCAUGUCAGCAUUUUACACCACAAGCCUCUACUGUAAUGUACUUGUGCCUUCUGGUUUUCAUGCUAGCUUUCAACAAAAACCACCAUGUUAGACUUCAUGUUUUUUUUUUGGUUUUUUUUGGGUG